AUGAGCUUGAGUGCAGCAGAAGAUGAUUCAGCACCUGAAAUCCAUCUUCCUGCCGACGUCAACUGGGAAAUGCUCGACAAAUCAAAGUUCUUCUUCCUGGGUGCUGCCCUCUUCUCCGGCGUCUCCUGGACCCUUUACCCUAUCGUCGUCCUCAAAACCCGCCAGCAGGUGAUGCUGCAAGACUCGUCCUGCCUCAAAAUGGCUUCGGACAUCCUCAAGAACGAGGGCCCCAGAGGCUUCUACCGGGGUUUCGGGACCUCCCUCACGGGGACCAUACCAGCUCGAGCCCUUUACAUGGGCGCCCUCGAGGUCACCAAGAGCAACGUGGGAAACAUAGCUAGCAGCCACCUGGGCCUAUCGGAGGCCUCCUCAUCUGCCAUAGCCAAUGCUGCUGCUGGGCUUAGUGCCGCCAUAGCUGCCCAGCUGGUGUGGACUCCAAUCGAUGUCGUCAGCCAGAGGCUGAUGGUGCAAGGUGGGGGCUCGGGCUCCUGCUCGGUUGGGCUCAGAAGGUAUGAAGGAGGUAUAGAUGCAUUUCAGAAGAUUGUGAAAGCUGAUGGAAUCCGGGGGUUGUACCGUGGCUUUGGGAUAUCGAUUUUGACCUAUGCACCCUCGAAUGCCGUGUGGUGGGCUUCCUAUUCAGUGGUUCAUAGGGUGAUUUGGGGGUCGAUUGGGUGUAACUUGUGUAGGAAGACCGAGAAUAAUAGCUAUAAGCCGGAUGGGAAGACUUUGGUGGCGGUGCAGGGGCUGAGUGCGGCCAUGGCCAGCGGGGCAUCGGCACUGGUGACUAUGCCGCUCGACACGAUUAAGACGAGGGUUCAGGUUUUGGACGGGGUUGAAAAAAGCCCACGUGGCGGAACGAUCAUUCAGACAGUGAGGGAUUUGGUUCGGGAGGGCGGGCUGGGGGCCUGCUACAGGGGGCUUGGGCCUAGGUGGGCCUCGAUGUCUAUGUCGGCCACGACAAUGAUCACGACUUAUGAGUUUCUCAAGCGGCUGUCGACUAAAAGACAGGAAGGGUUUGUUGUGUGA